AACGAUCGACUCGAGGAGUCAAGAGUCCACUAUUGCAAUAAACACGAAACGUUUAUUUAAGGCGGACUACCUUACGGACGGACGCUUAGUUGAAUGACUCCUCAGCUGCUACUAACUUGAAUAGCCUUUGCUCGUUACUGUGCCAAUCGAACAUUUGGCCUCCAUCGAGCCGUUACUAAUGAGUAUAAUGGAAAAGGUCGAAUGGAAGGACUCGGCAUAAAUGCAUAGAGCUGCGCCUUUGCCUUGAGGAAUACUCGUUCUACAUAUCUGCAGCGCUCUUAUUCUGACGUCCAGAACCGAAAGUUGUGAAUAUUUCCAAUAACAAGCGCUCUUUGCACUGUGCAGAACCGGAUCACUGCUCGCCAUGUCUCUCAAAUUGAGCGUCGCCUUUCGACGAUACCCAAUCUCUGAGAUGUGCCUGUGUUAAGCCGAGACCUUAGCAUUUAAUAGCUUCAAGCGCAAUAUGCAUACAGUGUGUGAGUCGGUAAAGUUAACAUUAUUCCUCUAGUAUCCCGUCCCUACUCCCUUGAUGCGAACACGAGGAACCGGAAUGCUCAUCUCCCAGAAUCUCGGUCUCCACGAUAUGCGUGGAUAUCUUCGUCGCUUACUAAGAGAAUCCAUCCAUUCUCUGGUAACAUCUAACAUCCGUGUCGACUGGUCUUCACGGUCAAGUGCCAUCUGGAUCAUGAGAUCGCGACAGCUACAGGCUUGGAGAAGGUCGAUCGACGUCUUAAUACCUCUUGAAUGUGCAGACCUGGAAGAAGGCUGUCACGGUCAAUCUUAUGACUUGACCUAUGACUCUCUGAAGGCACUCCUCGCAACAUCGAAGAAGACAGUAUACUUAGAAGAUGUAAAGAAGGUUAAUGCUCACAGUUUUCCAAUCUCAAGUUUGUCAUCUGGAAUGGAAUGUCUGGAAGUGCCUCAUUAUGACAUCCGAAGACUCAUCUCGCGACCCUGUGUUCCAUUACACCUCGAAGCUGAUUUAUUUGCAAAACAUGCCACAACAUUAGCUGGGGAUAUAAAGAACGUGAAUGAGCCGUCAAAGUAUCCCCAUCAACUAUUCGUACUAACACUUCCUCGAAUCAACCCUUCGCAGAGUUCACGUCCUUUUCUUUUUCUUACCUGAAUCUUCAGACAAUCAUGUCAAAUUCGAACCUCAAGGACUCAGAUGGAAACGCUAUUUUCGAGGGGCAUUGGUAUAAAAUCAUGCUUUCAGA